AUGCAUUCCAAUACCACCAACAACUACGACUGCACCCCUUUGUUGUCCAAUGAUAACAACGGGGAAUCCGGCACAAGUCAGGCGGCCUCCACAAGCAACCGGAGCUGGCUUAGACGAGUGAUCAGUACUACAUCUCUUUUUGAGAAGAGUUUGUCUACAAUUCGCUCAACUGGUCUGUUCCAGGAGUCCCGCGACAACGGUCAAUUAGAUAAAGUCUCAGGUUAUCAGUGGAACGACUCCUGUUGUCAGCAGCAGUACGGAGCUAACGGUGGCUAUGCUAGCAAUAGAGUGUGUAGCACCAGAAAGGUGGAUGUAUCGGAACACUCAGCAAAAGGUAUUCGAAUUUACUGGCGUGUCAUGUAA